AUGGCCCCAAGGGGACCCCACCCCUUGCUCUUCCUGACCCUGGUCCUGCUGGCCGUCUGCCUGGCCCAGCUCAGCGAAGGCGCCACCUACCCACAGUUCCUGACCCGACAGGUCGACUUCCCCAAGACCAGCGCUGCCAACGACCGGCUCUACUGCAACUGCAUAAUGCCACGCCGGGGCCUGAACUGCCCUGUCUGCAAACCCACCAACACCUUCAUCCACGCCCCCACCGGCCAGGUCCGAGCCAUCUGCAGCGCGCAGGGAGGUGACGGAUGCAACCUCUGCGACAGUAACUCACACUUCCAUCUUACCACCUGCCGAGUGGUGCCCGGCUCCCUCCUGGGGUGCUGUAUCUACAGGGCCUGA